AUGGUAGAUGUUUUAGUGGGCCAUUCACAGUCUGCAUUCAUUGAAGGAAGAAGUAUCCUGGAUAAUGUGAUAGUGGCACAUGAAUUGAUCAGGGGAUAUGGCCAAAAAUAUGUUUCUCCAAGGUGUUUCAUGAAAAUGGACAUCAAGAAGGCUUAUGAUUCAGUUGAAUGGGGGUUUCUACAGAUGAUACUUAUUGAAUAUGGCUUCCCUACAAAAAUAAUUAAACGGAUUAUGACUUGUGUAACUGCUGUGAGUUAUUCUGUGAUUGUGAAUGGGAACCUAACUAAGAAGCUUUCUGCUAAGAAAGGACUCAGACAGAGGGAUCCCAUGUCCCCAUAUCUCUUUGUGUUGGUGAUGGAAUACUUAAACAGAUCCUUGAAACAGUGGAGACAUAACCCAAACUUCAACUGUCACCCAAGGACUGAAGGCUAA